UAUAUGUCUCAUCUCUUGUCACUUUCCUUGCAGCUUUCUCGGGAGACGGAAGUGUUUUCACAUCACGCUUGGUUCGCUCGACAAGAGCACAAAUCACUGUUGCUGCACUCUGACUUUUCUCAUUGUUUUUGCUGCAAUACAGCUGCUUCGGAUUGCUAGACCCUACAAGUGCAACUGAAACAUCCUUUGCAAUAGUGUGCAUUAUUUAUUUUUGUCCAGAGUAUUUUACGUGCAGACACCUGUACUCUCAUUCUAUCUCUACUACACACUUUCAACUGGUGCUAUUUUACCUCAAAGUCUGCAAUAUGCCGCGUAAUUUUCUUGUGAAACGGACCAAGAGAACUGGCAGCGUGACGUACAGACAGAGAACUUCUGACGAAGAGUAUGAUGAUCUUGGCUUUGUUGAUGGUGAUCUGACAGACGCUUACAUCCGACCUUUCAAUUCACCUGAUUCCGGUUACAGUCAGAGUCCAGUAGCUCCCAUCAGCCACAAGGACCCGUCAUUGGCAUUCCAGUUCGACCGAGAUGCAACCGUUCGAUCCCCAAAUGUUCUUCAAGCCUCUGGUCCUGCACUCACGUCGUCUCAUAUACCUCUUACCCCUUAUUUCACGACGGGAUACAAAGCCUCCAUGCCUUCUCCGGUAACUCCUAACAUCAAGCUGACCCUGAGUGCCCCUCCAGUUCUGGGCACCAAGCGACCCAACUCAGAUUCGGACCACAAGCCACAUCGAGCUAAGAAACCCAAAGCGGCCAGAAAAUUAACCUUCGAGGAGGACAACCGUUCCCCUGUCCAUGGUACUAUCAUCAGAGAGGAAGUCGACAUAACCAGCAAGACGAACUCCCUUGGAAAGACCAGUGAUCAGAACGGAACCAAACUCGGAGGAGACUUUUUGUGCAAACUUUGCAAAGAAAGUUACUCAGAUCCACUUUCUCUCGCAUCACAUAAGUGUUCCUGUAUAGUCCAUGUCGAGUACAGGUGCCCAGAGUGCGACAAAGUUUUUAACUGCCCAGCGAACUUGGCUUCACAUCGUCGUUGGCAUAAACCAAAACCAGUCAACAACACCAGCAACAGUCAAAGAUCUACACCAACGAACUCUCCUCGCAUCCUACCUGCAGGUGGGGCCAAAGAAGCCCUCAAACAUUACCCUACCACCGUCCUCAAUAUUCCCGAUACCACUAGGAAGGGUGACAGUGGCAGCGAAGGGAGCAUGAGCAGGGGUAGCACACCGAGCCCCCUCCACCACCUGUUCCCUACAUCCAUGGACACCCCACGUAGCACUCCUAGCCCCAGUAGCACCUACAACAACAAUAACAACGAUACCAAAACGAGUCACGGUGGUGACAUGCUCUACCACUGUGAUCAGUGUGGCCGCAAGUUCCGCCGACCAGCCAACCUCCGUCGCCACAUGCAGCAACAUGGGGAAGAGGAAACCUUUCCCUGCCAGUACUGUGGACGUGUUUUCAACAGCCUGACUAGCAGAGCCAAACAUGUCCUGACCCAUGCCGUCAGCAACAACAAUAACAGCAACACUGCAACCAAACCCAGCAACCGAGACUGUGAAGACAACUAUGACCAGAGAGUUGCCCUUGACCGUCUUGAGAAAAUGCAACAACAUGGCUUACCAGGAGAGAUGUACGCCUGUAAGUAUUGCGCCAGUAUCUUCCCGACCUCACCAGGUCUUACCCGACAUAUCAACAAGAUGCAUCCAUCGGAGAACAGGCAGGUGAUUCUCCUACAAAUGCCCGCUCUUCGCACGUAAGUCUCAACCACAUACUGUGAUAAGGGUGAUUGGAACGCUAAAGAAAUUAGUAGCAAAAAGACAAUAUAGAGUAUGAAUAGAAAAUACCAAAACAAAGAGUUACCCUAAAAUUAUAAUGGCGGAGAAUGGGCAUCUGUUAAUGUGUUUAAGAGAUUAUCAUCAGACAUUAAAAUGUAUUUUUGUAUCAUUGAGUGUUAUGAAUUGUUAACUAUUAUUGGGAAUGUGCAUGGUGCCUACAUCAUGUUUUACAAACAUUAAUCUAAUAUUUUAUUACUGCACAACUUGCCCAUUACGCACUUGGUUCUAUAUUGCUUUAUUACCACUCAAAGUCACGAUUUCCACGAAAUUAUUUAUUCUCUCCAUUGUUAGAUAACAACAGUAAUAUAUUAUUUAUUCUUUAUCAUUAUAUGGCUUGUUUCUGAGUUCAUGUCGAGUUUAGCUUUUGUGACAGAAAGGAAAGAAUGCUCUCCGUGUAAUAGACUGCAAUUCAAAGACUCAUGGAAUUUCUUUAAUUAAACAUUCUACUGCAUGGUAAAAUAGUAUAGGGAUAGAAAACAGAUGGUCUUGUUAUAAUUCCCUAAGUAUUAUAUCCACAAUAUCGUUUGAUGAAAAAUAUAUGCCAAGCUUUAUUUUUGAAGAAAUCCAUCGGUCGGUUUUGCAUAAAUUAUUUUAUAGUUUCGUUUAUGUUUGUACAUUAGGAAUUAGGAAGAAUGAAAAUGUUAAGUUUCAAAUUAACUUGUCAUUGAAGUAGACGAUAGUUUAUAAUUCAUUGAAGACUUUCAAGCGUGUGCGAACCAGGUGGAGGGGAUACUGUGUUCAUAUGCAUGUUUUGACAUAGCUUACAUAGAAUCUUGCCAUAUUCUUACACAUUCCAAUAUAUCAAACCGUUAUAGUUGUAAUACAGUUCGACAAAACUCAACCAGAUUGUGCGUAACCCCGUCGCGACGUUGUAAUGAUGUUUUAAUUAUGCUGUUUGUCGAAUCAUUAAGAAAUGUGUCUCAUAACAGAGGCUAUUAAUUUUGUCCGUUAACCUUUCAAUGAUGAGUAGAAUAAUGAACAUUUGAAGUGGGAUAUUAAAGGGUUGGAGGUAAAUUAUUAAUCAAAAUUAAUCAAACAUAAUGCAGUACGUGCUCAUUAUGAUAUGGUGGUGUCUCUGUUCUCAGCAGUACCCGCUUCAUUCAUUCAUAUUGAGAACCGAACCGUGAAAUUACCGUAUAGAAGUAAUUGUUUAUUUUUAAUUAAUGUAAACCGAGUUCUAAAUGGGAGUUUUAUCUUAAUAAGGAGAGGUUUGUAUAUUACUUAUUGCAUUAAUAUAUGCUUGUCCUGUUCAUGUGCAAUUUAGCCAGUCAGCAUUUUUGCCAAAGCAUUGUAAACGUUUGGUAAAAUUGGUCAUCGUUUAUGGUGAAUUCCUUCAGUUAGGUUGCUUGGUUUAAGUGAAAUCUCUCUCUCUCUAUUGGUAUAAAAUAGUUUAUAUUUCCCACGGUGCAAUAAUUCUUCAUGGAAGACAUAAAUCCUCCCAGAAAAUGCUUAUGAUGUACCCAUAAACAUUCACAGUCGUUCGUAAAUGUUUAUAGUCGGUGGUCGGACAAGAUUUCCUUCUGCACUCUCACUAAUCCGCCCAAUGAACAUGUCCCACUCCAAACGAGAGAAAGGAGAGUCCGAAAGUACAGUGGGUUGUUUCUUUGUCUACGCGAGCUAGUGCGGACACAAAACGGAGCCGAUGCGAAUCUUACGGGUACAUAUUGGCUUGUUAACAGUACAGCGAGUGCUCGGAAAACCGCAGACAAAGAAACCGUUGGAGAACGCGCCUCCAACCGAAUUCGCUGCACACAAUAAGACGAGAUUACUGCAAUGAAAUUGCCUUUGUCGCACCGGAAAUGUAUAAAUCUUUAUUUCUGUCAUAUUUUUUCCCAUUUGCUUACAUUCCAACGGUUGACAUAGUGGUAUUUCACUUUCCAAUCGUAUUCGUCUGUGAUUGGAAUGUUGCCUAAUUAUGUUGUCGAACCCUUGCCAUUUUCUGUCAGAAAAUCAAUAGUAACUUAUUUCUUUUGUUUGUACUUUAUUUCAUCUGUUGGACUCAAUGAUUAGUGCAAGAAUGUAUUGUUAACUAUUUAUGAUUAUAUGAUAUUUAUUGCUGGUGUGAGUGAAUUUCUCUCUAUUUAUUUAUUUGGUUUCUCUACUUUUAAUUGAAUUCGAUUUUAAGCAUAGUUUCCCAACUAUCCUCUUUUUAAUUUUUGUUCGUGCUAUUUCAGAAUUUGUCACUUCUCCGUUCACUGUAUAUUUUGAAGCACUUAAAUCUGCCUUGUUGUUCACUAAGUUCAGUAUUUUACUUGCACAUUCCAUCAGAAUGUUUAUCUCUCUUUAUUUUCCUUUUAAAACCACAGUAGCCUUCAAAACGCAAAAUGACCAGAAGACUGUCUGGCAAAAUCGGCCAAAAUUAACCUUUUUUGCGUCGAUUUUAACCAGAGGGUGCUUAUGCAUUCACGGUGCCUAUUUUAGCCACGAUACCUUGGCCUACUUUGAUUUAGAAUUAGUAAAAAGAAAAGUUAUGAGCCUUAUUUAGUGAUAAUUUCACUUUGACGCGCUGAUGACACAAUCAUAACGCGUCGAUAUCUAUAUUUCACGGAGAAAAAAGUUAUCUGAAAAGUUCUGCCUAAUUUUGUAAAUCAAUUGUUGUCAAUCUGAGCAUUUCUGUAAAUCAAAAUUGUCUGUUCAAUGAAUAAUUGUCAACUCUAUAUUUUUUAAAAGAAAAAAAAUCAAGUAUAGAUAUAAUCUGAAUCUACUUUUCGUCAUAUUAAUAUACGUAACUGUAAUGUCUGCAAAUGCCUUCAAUUGUUUUAUCAAAUAUCACCGAAAAGGUACAUGUGAAAAUGCGUAGUUUUCCGAACGAGAAAGCUGUAAUAACAUUAACAGAAGUAUUUGAAUUUGUUUUUUCUUCGUCAAUGUAUACAUACUGUUUUCGUGAUAACAUGAAUUUGGUAUCCAAAUAAUACUUAUCAAAAUGAUGAUUACCAUAUUGCCAGAUACUGCAGUGAAGAGAUACAGCAAGUCUUUGUAGCGGAAAAUUUAUUGUACUGUACCUGUUCGAUAAGGACUGUCAAUGAUGCGUACAAAGUAUAGAUUUAUCAACAUAUGCAUUUGGGGACAAAUAUCAAUGCAGGAUUACGCAUUGUCUUGUCCGAAAAUGUUGUCAAAUAACAUGUUUAUUUGAAAUGCCGUCAGUUUAACUUCUUUCGAUUGCUGCCUUCUCUUCUCAUGCGUCUGAUCAUUGUUUGCUGUUACGUAAAUUCCUCUAUUUUUCUCAAUUUCUAUCCAUUCGAUUUGUCUAUUUUGUGUAUUUUAAGUUGGUGUGGACGAUAUAAUAGUGUCCAUGUCUCGCAGUCGGGUUGAAACAAAUGCUGACAACAAUGUUUUUAUAACAUGCAGAUGUAUAUCAAUGAUUCCAUAUUCUAUCUAUUAACUUAUUGGACACAUUCCACGUUAUUUAUUACAACAAACACCUUGCAAAUAUUAUUAUUUGGUGCUGCGAGAAGAUAUAAGAAAAUGGAUUGGCCCUAUUUAAGGGUGAGGCCAUUGUUAAGUUUAACAAAUACCUGUAUAAUGAUUACCGUUGUUUUUGGAUUGCCGACAUGUUGGCAAGAUUUUUUAGUUAGUGUUAUGAAUGUAUUUAUUUUGUCGUACAUCCAAAAUUUGUAACAGCUACGCAUGCUCAUGCUGAGUAGUUGAAUUAUUUGAUUUGUGUAAUAUAACUUUUACAAUUAUGUUGACUGAAUAAAUGAAUAAAGUUAAACACUUUAAAUAUUUAUUGUGAA